UCAGCUAUUCAGACGUCUAUUUCGACCGUUCUGUAUGAGGUGUUUUUUCCAGAGUUACUAAUGACAAAAUCAUGAUCAGCUUCGUGAUUAUAUCCACGCUUUACCUGUUCGGCCUCGCCACCAGGAUUUUGGGAUCCAUCAAGAAAGCGUUGAACGCCGCCAUCGGAGUCGAGAGAUGUGACGUGCAGAUUCCUCUGUUUGAAGAGCCACCAAGAGUCAAUCUACAGGAGGCUGUGAAGAAAAAAACACAGCGCGGUGACUUGAACGGGCCUAUAGCUACCGACCAUGCGCCGGAUACGAAGCCUGCAAAGCCCGUCGAACCCAGCACCACUGUGCGGGCUCCCGGUACAGCCACCGGCAAACCGAAGGGGACAUUCGGCGGAAUGAAAGCCGGCUUCUUGCUGCAGUCCCCGAAGAAACCCCAACCCAAGAAGGAGACCGCAGCGAAGGCAGACACCACCAAGGGCGGAGAGCAGGCUCCCACUGACCAAGCCGGUCAGGUAAAAGUCAGUACCUCUCACCAGAAACAAGCCGCUGCAAGCCCCGCUCCUGAGGUCGCUCAGCCGAAGUCUACCCACCAGAAGCAGGCCACUGCACGCCAUGCCCCUGACGCCGCUCAGACGUCUGUCCGCCAGGCUGAUCAAGAUACGCCCCGCCCCACUGUCCCCAUCUUCCCAGCCCUUGCUCAGGUCCGACCCAUCCUGCUGCCGGUUCUAGGCACGAACCAGGUCCAGUUAAUCUGGGACGGGAGCAUCAGGGCUAGAAACCUCCUUCAGAUGAUCGUGGCGGCCAGGAGGGAAGCCGAGGGACUCUAAACUUCCCAGGACUUGAACUGUAAUCUGAUAUUUGAUGUGGAAGGGGAUGGCUGUGAAUGACUGAGUGAGUGAAUGAAUGAAGGAAGGAAGGAAUAAUGAAUGGAUGAGUGGACUGUAUGUG